UUUUGUACAGACAGGGCGUAUAGGUGCAUUGCCAGUUACAAUGUAUCAACUCGAGAACUCAGCGACAACAUUAACGGGUGUUUGAAAUACUUUUACAUUGUUAUUCUGGAUGAGGAUGCCCUACCGAGCAGGAGGUAAAACAUUUUUCUACAGGAUGGUACCCUAGCUAGGACUUGAAACUUGAGGAAAACAGUUAUCUACAUGAUUCAAAGAUGCUUUGGUUGGUAUCUGCCUAUAGACUGAACGCUUGUAAGCUCCUAGGGCGGUGAGGUUGACAAGGCAGACGGUUUAAGGACAAGGACAGAAUAAAUGGUCCGUGAUGCCAAAGGAGCAGGCACAUUUUGGGGAGCGGCCCGAGCGCGUACCCCAGGGCACCUCUAAGAAUGCCAAGGAUAAGAGUAACAGUGCCACUCUGCGGGCAUCCCAGUGUGGCACUCACAGAGACCAGGAGGGUAGGAGAAUGGGCAUGAACGGGAGGAUGUCACUGUCUGACUCGGAGAAGGACUCAGAGAAAGACUCCGGAUACUCUGAGACUGGUUCGGACUCGGUGCAGAAUGAUCUGGAUGACCAGCGUAUCAGCGUAAGUGAGGCCCACCGAGCCCACAGCAGUAGCAGCUCCCUGAACCACCGGGCCCACAGCAGUAGCAGCUCCCUGAACCACCGGGCUCACAGCAGUAGCAGCUCCCUGAACCACCGGGCCCACAGCAGUAGCAGCUCCCUGGGCCACAACAUGCCCCCGUUUGAGGAGCAAAACCCCAUCUACGUCAUCAAGAACCUGGUGGUUAAACCGUCUGGACCAGAGCAACUACUGCACAGAACCCUGGCGUGGGGGGGAGGAUGGGACAGUCUGUCUGGUUCCAAGGCCCCCACCCAGCUCCUACUCAUCCAAAAACCAGGGGUACCCUCCCCCGUCCCUGCCCACAACAAUCCACAGGGCCAGUCCAAGAAAGGGGGCAGUAGAAGCAACAAGAACCAUAACAGCAAGAACUCGUACCUCCCCAUCCUCAACUCCUACCCCCGCAUUGCCCCCCACCCGAGGAAGGAAGGCUCAGAGCAGAGCAGAGAGGGUGCAGGGGAUGUGAAGGAGAGAAGCAUAGAGGGCCAGAGCCGGAGCAAGAGGGUAUGUACGGAGGACAAGAGAGAAGCAGUGUCCACCACCACUCAUCUUCGACCACAGCAGCACCAACACCACCAGCGAGAGAGCAGAACCCAAUCCUAUUACAAAGUCAGCAGCAGCCGAAGCUCCUCCUCCCACCUCCCUCACCAUUCCAUGGGUGGCCCUGCCUCCUCCACCCAGCAGGGAUCUCACUACUGCCACCAACAUGCCAAACCCAGCCCCUCUCCCUCCCACUCCAACGGUAUUGGCUCCCCAUCCGUCAUCAGCUCCCAAAAAUCCUCGUCCUCCUCGUCCUCCGCCGACAGCUGGGCCCCAGAGGCCACAGUAGACCUGUCCAACUGCUUGUCUGACUGCUCGUUGGUGCGUCAGCGGCGCUUCCUCAACACGGCAGAGAUCCUGAGCCAGUCGGGCCUGCUGGCCAUCACGCUGCGCACCAAGGAGCUGCUGCGCCAGAAUGCCGCCACCGAGAAAGAGCUGGCCCAGCUCCGCCAGCACGCCCAGCUACUCUGCUUGGCGGCCCAGACCGGCCAAGAGGCCACCCAGCAAGGACCAAACGAAGGUCCCAGCCCCAUGGACAAGCUGCUCCAAGCCAUGUCCCAAUCGGGACGCUACCCGAGCCUCGACUGGACCUACUUUAAUGCCAACAGCAACAACCGUCCCGAGAAAGGAGAUGAGGCUGAGAAAGACAUCAGGGACAGUAAUAACAACGACAAGCAUAGCCCGUCUCAGAAUCCGUUGGUGGCGGCGCCCCUUGGUAACCAUGACGAUAGCACAUCACCUCCGUCGCCACUUUUCGCCCUGUCUCCUGACCCAGAGGACUGUCCCGAUGUUCUCGGCAGCUUGCUCUCCAUCACUCCAUCUCCCCCUCCCCAAAGGCGGGGCCGGAGACAUGGGGGAGGCGCUAAGCCCCUGUGUGACCCCACCAUGCCCCCGGAUAGCUCCACCCACCGGGCCUAUUUACUCUAGCGCUUAUGGGGAGGGGCCUCCAUGGGGGACAUUUUGAUGGAGGAGCAUGUGCCACUGUAGGGGGAGAAGCUAAGGAGUGAGGGGAAUGCACUGAACUGUGCAAAACUGUGAAUACCCGAUCUUAACUGUAUUACAUCUGAUGGACUCUUUUUUUUUUUGUUGCUGUUGACUCUACUACCACACUUAAAUAAUUAUCACAAUAUUGUUUCUUUUAUUGAUCUAAUUAGCCAGGGUAUUUCAAUAAUGAGAACAUACAAAUAUGCUUCUUAGGGGACGUUGUAAACAAACAUGAGAGUCCAUGAAUGGAUUAUCCAAUUCAGUACAUUACAUUCCAGCACAUCUAUCAUUAAAUGUAUGGAAUAUAAUUAUUCUGCUAGGGCCCUUUUUAAACAUAGAAAGGUUCUCGGUUGUAGUUUUCUGAAAACCCUUGGUAAAACCAUAACAGCACACGAGGAUACUAGGGGCUUUUCAACAUAAUGGGAAAAUGAACACAGACCAAUCCAUUAUCCGUUUGCUCAGGCUUUCCGACGCUCCUUGACUGCUUCAGUGGCGCCGACAGUGUGAAAGGGGACUUUGACCUCAACCGACCGUCGGGGUAGUCUCCAAUGAACUCCCUCAUGCCAUGGUCAGUGCUACUGUGCUCUCUGGUCAUUUUGAGCAUUAAAGCCAUUCUCAGAAUAAAGAAUGGCCUGCAUGUAGCCUAGUAUAUUGCAGCUCUGAAGUGCUUUAUAUAUUGUGGGCCAUGUUCUCUCUUUGUUCAGUCAUAUUACCAGCCAGAUUCUCUGGUGUAACAUGAGACUAGAGUCAGAUAUCAUGGAGACAGACACUGUACUAGAGGCACAUUGGUCAUAAUACCUGAUUGAAUUGUAGUUAGGCUAUACAGUAGUCAGACUAUUUUGAUGUGCAUGGCACUGGGAUAUCACUGGCUAUUUCUGUAUAAUUUGGUAUGCUCCUUUGAUCCUAUUUGUAAGUGUGUUACCUAAAAUGCAGUCUGAUUGGAUUAUGGUAUUGUGGGUAUGGGCACGGACAUGUAAUAUAUGUUUGUCUGCAGCUUUAUGGUGGAUUAAUGGAGCAAUCCGCAUUUCAAACAAAAGUUUUUGCCCCGUCGCUGAUUUGGUAAAAAGCUGAGGGACGGGGCUAAAUAAAUGGAACCACUCUCAAAAGAAGAGAUAUAGCUAUGGAUGCAAGGACCGAACAUCGUUGAGAUCAACAUUAUAGUCAUGUUUUGAAGCUAUAAGUGUUUUUUAAAACAAUUAUAUUAUUUACAAACAACAGAUUAUAAAAAGGUUAUAUUUUCAGUUCAGAUGGGAAUCUACAGUUGAAGUUCAUGAGGCAUUUAUACUGUGUACAAAACAUUAAGAACGACCUUAUAUUACCUUAUAUUGAGUUGCACUUUCAUCUGAAUUCACCUGGUCAGUCAGUCAUGGACAGAGGCAGGUGUGUAUAAUGUUUUAUACACUCAGUGUAUAAGUUAGAUUUGUCAAGAAUCAAUAGCAUCAUUCAUUGGAAAGUCAAAUGUAUGUAGCAAUCUCAGCUUGUACAGUUGUGAAAUUUGACUGUUUCUAUGAAAACACAAAACUAUAGGACUUCAGUUAUUGUAGAUAGAAUUAGAAGUGAAUUUGAAGAUGAUAUAAAAUGUAUGCAACUGUGUCAAACCAAGUGUUUGUUCCCUCCUGCUUCAGGCGCCUGAACACGUAGGCAUUAACAUGAUGUAAUAAAGAGCUCCAAUUCAUUCAAUAAAUACAAAUGACUUCAAGUUCAUUUAUUUGGAGGUCUGUGUUCUGGUUUAAU